AUGUGUGAAAACGCGGAAGAUGUCGCCAAGAAGGCGUUAGAUGGACAACGUGAUGGGAAUAACCUCUCAACUUGGGACAACAUCGCCAGCUACUGGGACCAGUCACUUGGUAAUGGCAACGAUAUGUACCAAGAAUGCCUCUUACCGACUAUAAAGGAGCUUGGGGCCCCUCAAAAGGGAGAGCGUGCACUUGACCUGGGUACUGGUAGCGCGGUAAUUGCUGCAGUCUUGGCAACUUCAGGCGCUCACGUCACGGCGGUUGAUGGCUCGAAGGUGAUGCUUGAGAAGGCCGAAAUUCGGGCAAAGGAUGCAAAGCUAGACAUGACGUUUGAGGUAGUUGAUCUACUAGACACUGAAAGUCUCGACGAUUUCAGCCAGCGCCAUCCCAGAUUUGACUUGAUCACAUGCAGCAUGACUUUGAAGGAGUUGCCGGAUCUUGAACCCCUUGCGGCAGCACUUCCGAAGCUGCUAGCACCACGUGGCAGGUUUUAG